ACUGAGCCCAAAAAUUAUUUUAUUAUAAAUAUAAACAUACUCAAAGUACGACCACAAAUUAAAUUUGUACACACAACAAUGGCAGAACCAGAUCAAGCAAGACCAUUAGCUUCAGUUAGAGUCCACCCAAGAAGCGAUUAUGAAGAAAAAGCUCUCAAAAAAAUGAACCAUAGAAGAAACCUCAAGUUAUGUGGUUGUGUAACAGCAAUUUUACUACUACUUUUAGUCAUAGUAAUUGUCAUCUUAGUAUUCACGGUUUUUAAGGUUAAAGAUCCGACAGUAACAACAAAUGAGAUCCAACUCACAAACUUUGGUCUCAACCUUGUUCAACUUCCAACACCUCAAGUUAAGAUCAACAUGACCAUGUUAGUAAACAUGUCUAUUAAGAAUUCUAAUAGAGCAUCCUUUAAGGUUGGGAAUAGCACAACAUUGGUGUACUAUCGCGGUAUAUCGGUAGCAGACGCGGUGAUACCGGCGGGACUUGUGAUCAAGGCGCGGAAGACGUCGGGGUUGAAUGUUACGGUGGAUGUUAUGGCUGACCGCCUCGCCUCUAGUCCGGAUUUGCAGAGAUGUGCUUCAAGGAAAGAUGAUAAUGAAUACUUAUUCGGUGAUUCCGGGGAGAGUAAAGAUUUUGUUUAUUAAGAAACAUGUUGAGGUGAAGAUGAAUUGUACUAUGACGAUUGAUAUUUCAAAGAGAGGAAUUCAGGACAUGAAUUGUAAACAUAAGGUGAAACUUUAGAGAUGGAGUUUGAAUGUUUUUGUUUUUGUGUUUUUGUGGGGACCUAUGCUAGAAUUCUUUAUUUUAUUUUAUUUUUUUAGAAUUUUGUAAGAGAUUUAUGGCCAUAGCCCAUAGGUAAGCCUAUAGAUUUAUGUGUUGAAAUAAAUAACGAUAGCAGCAGACUGUGUAGAUUAUCUUUAGUCAUACUUUUACACUAAUUAUAUGUUUUUAAUUUGACAUAAUAUUUAGUUGAUUGUUGUUUUUUA